CAACCCCGCUUUUCAGCCGCAUUAUUCCCACGGUUUACACGUUGACAUCGGGGGACGACAGAGAAAAAAAAAGACAACAACACUCCACUUAGAGUUCUGUUCCUGUUCAGAGAGAUAAGUGGAGAUUCGACAUGGAGGCGCUAGGGAGCGCAUCCAGCGUCAUUGCCGUUAUCCAGAUUACUGGUAGUCUCAUCAAGAUAUGCUGGGGAUAUAUUGGAGAAGCGAAAGAUGCGAAGGAGGAUAUCCAAUAUCUGGUUAAAGUCGUCGAAGACUUUCAGACGGUAUUGGAGAAAUUGCGUUCUUUGCUCGAUGGACAGAAUGGUCAAAAACUCCAUGUGACUCAGGUGCUCAGUCGCACCAUUGCGGAAUGCCAAUGGGAACUAGAAAAGCUGGGUGAAAAGCUGGAUGCAGGAAGACCAAAGGAAAAGAACGACGAGAAUCGGAAACGAGACAAAGUCAUAAGAUAUCUCGGCUGGCGAUCGAUCAAGUGGCCUUUGGAGAGAAAAGAGGUGGAAAAGAUCGUUAGUCGUAUCGAGCGAUACAAACGUGUAUUCCUCGCGGCUUUGCAGCUGGACCUUGUCGAUGUUACAGUCCGUAUAGACCAAAAAGUCGAUCUGGCAAAGCUACUUACCGUUGACGAAGCGAUGUUCGGCUCGUAUAUGGACCAACACGAAGACGAGUGUCUUGAACAAACUCGAACGGAGCUCUUGCAUGAUAUACUGGCUUGGUCAGCAGAUAUCAAUAGUAAAUAUAUCUUUUGGCUGAAUGGAAUGGCGGGAACCGGGAAGUCAACGAUUGCCAGGACCGUAGCUCGAUUAUUGAAAGAAAAAAAUCGCCUAGGCGCCAGCUUCUUCUUCAAACGAGGCGAAGCUGACCGUGGGAAUGCCAGCCGAUUCUUCACCACGAUUGUGAAACAGUUAGUUGGCCAAUUCCCUCCCCUAGGUCCUCCCGUCGCGAAGGCAGUUGAGGAUGAUCCGGCCAUAGGCAAAAAGUCUCUCCGCGAGCAGUUUCAUGCCCUUCUCUUAGACCCACUAUCACGACUACAACGUGGGGAUCGUGGCCUCCCAUUGCUUGUCAUCAUAAUCGAUGCGCUGGAUGAGUGUGAGGAAGAACAGGACAUUCGCACGAUUCUGCAUCUCCUACCGAGCAUCAAGAGCUCUGGCCCAGUUCACUUGCGCGUCUUCAUUACCAGCCGGCCAGAAUUACCAAUCCGCUUGGGCUUCAAGCAGGUCCAUGCCGAUGAUUACCAGGAUACAGUUCUACAUGAGAUCCCAGAAGAUGUUAUUGCACAUGAUUUGAUGGUCUAUUUCAAAUCAAGACUUUCUGCCAUCCGAGAGGAGCGUACAUUGCCGGAUGGAUGGCCCGGGGAGGAUAUUACCCGGACUCUUGUCAGAAUGGCGAUUCCAUUAUUCAUUUUUGCUGCUACUAUAUGCCGAUUCAUUGGAGAUCUGAAAUGGGGACCCCAAGAACGUCUGGAGAUCAUUCUCCAGACCGAGUUGAAGAACGAUAUGACUCCAUUGGAGUUAACCUAUGCUCCAAUUUUAAAUAAUCUGCUUUCCGGAGCAACUCCCUGCGACUCGGAACAGCUGGUCGAUGAAUUUCAAAAAAUCGUCGGAGUGAUUAUAAUCCUGGCCAGUCCACUUUCGAUUCUUUCUCUCGGACAGCUCCUGGAGAUCCCCACUCAAAAAAUUGAACGUCGACUGGAGUUCUUCCAUUCAGUCUUGAAUGUACCGGGCAACGCAAAUCAGCCCGUAAGGCUUUUUCACUUGUCAUUUCGAGACUUUCUUCUCGACCCCAGAAGAAAUGAUAAUGUUUUUUGGGUUAAUGGGAAGGAGAAACACGGAAAAGUUGCUGUUCAGUGUUUAACACUCAUGCGUCGCUUGCUAAGAAAGAAUAUAUGCGAUCUACCUCAUGCCGGUGCUUUACGAGACGAAGUCGACGACCAGACAAGACAUGAUUGUCUACCAAUGGAACUACAAUAUGCUUGCCGGUAUUGGAUCUAUCAUCUCCAGGAGAGUGGCAUUCGAGAUGAAGAAGUUGUUCAAAGUUUUCUUACAGAACAUCUCCUUCACUGGUUGGAGGUUCUGAGUAUUCUUGGACAUGUGUCCGAGAGUAUUUCUGGUCUUGGCUUUCUCCAAUCGAUAACAGAGGAUGACUCUGAACUAUCUGCAUUUCUUCACGAUGCUAAGCGAUUUAUUUCAUACUGCAUAUCAGUAAUUGAUAGCGCGCCUCUCCAGUUAUACUGUUCGGCUCUUGUUUUCGCUCCGGAAAAAUCACGUAUCCGAUGCAUGUUCGAUGACAACAUCCCUAAUUGGAUUCGAAGGCUCCCCAAGGUGGACACAUCAUGGAGUGCGGCCCAGCAGACUCUUGAGCACUAUGAUGUGCUUGCGGUGGCUUUCUCACCUAAUGGCAAAGUGGUCGCCUCAGCCUCUGGGAACACUAUCAAGCUGUGGGAUGCCACUUCGGGCCUCAUUCAGCAGACUUUUGAAAUCUGUCAUCACCCAGAAGAUGAAUUAAAAAGGGUAGUUUUCUCACCUGACGGCAAAUUGCUCGCCUCAGGCUCUCAUAAAACUGUUACCUUGUGGGAUGCCACUUCGGGCCUUAUUCAACAAACCUUUGAAGGACAUAAUGAUUGGGUGAGAAAAAUAGCUUUCUCACCCAAUGGUAAACUGGUCAUUUCAGCCUCCGAUAAAAUCAUCAACAUAUGGGAUGUCACUUCGGGCCUUAUCCAGCAAACCCUUAAAGGCCAUGACCAUUGUGUAAGAGAAGUGGCUUUUUCACCUGAUGGGAAACUGAUCGCCUCAAGAACUCAAACAGUUAUCAAACUGUGGGAUUCCUCUUCAGGUCUUAUCCAGCACACUAUUAAGGACCACGAUGUGUCAAUGGGAGGGCUUGCCUUCUCGUCGGAUAGCGAACUGGUUGCUUCAGCCUCUGCUACUGGAAUCAUCACGCUAUGGGAUGCCACUUCAGGCCUUAUCUGGCAGACCCUUAAGGGCCACAAUCAUGUGGUUACUACGGUAGCUUUCUCGCCUGACGGUAAAUUCAUUGCUUCAGCCUCUUCUGAUGGAACUAUCAAGCUAUGGGAUGCCACUUCAGGCCUUAUAUUGCGAACCCUUGAAGGCCAUAUUCAAUCUGUGUUUGCAAUAGCUUUCUCUCCCAAUAGCAAAUUAAUUGCCUCAGCUUCUUGGGAUAACACUAUUAAGCUAUGGAAUACUACUUCAGUCCUUAUUCAACAGACCUUUGAGCGUCACAGCACUGCGGUGGAUGCGGUAGCUUUCUCGCCUAAUGACAAAUUGGUUGCAGCCUCUUUUGAUGAUACUAUUAAGCUGUGGGAUGUUACCUCUGGCCUUGUCCAACAGACUUUUACAGGCAGGCGCAAUCGAUUAGGAGGGCUACUAAUAGCCUUCUCACCCGAUAGCAAGUUAAUUGCCUCAGUCUCUCCUGGGAGUACCACUAUCAAAUUAUGGGAUAUCACUUCAGGUCUUGUCCAACAAACCUUUGAGGGCCACGAUGGUUCAGUGAUUUCUAUGGCAUUUUCACCUAAUGACAAAUUAUUUGCCUUAACCUCUGAUAAAACUGUUACAUUGUGGGAUACUACUUCAGGACUCAUCUACCAAACUUUUGCAAUCUCUUAUGGUUCAGAAAAUGAAGUGAGAGGAGUAGCUUUCUCACCUCAUACCAAAUUGAUUGCUUUAGCGUCUUCUGAUAAAACAGUCAAACUGGUGGAUAUCACUUCGGGUCUUAUUAAACAAACCCUUAGAGGCCAUACUGGAACGGUGAAUGCAGUAGCUUUCUCACUCGAUGGCAAGCUGCUUGCUUCAGCUUCUUAUGAUGCAACUGUCAAAUUGUGGGAUAUCACUUCGGGCCUUGUCCGGCUGACCCUUGGCUUUGACACCAUAAUAAGGAACAUAAGGUUUUCCCCACAGAAUGGAUACUUAGAGACAGAUCGUGGCAUAUUUAACAUUGGAUCUGUCGAUAUUGGUCAUGGCCCGCAACAUGAAUAUCGCUCUGAGAUUUCUCUAGAGGGUCGAUGGGUAAGCUUGAAGGGAACACCAAGUUUGUGGCUUCCUCCUGAAUACCGCCCUUCAUCUUCCUGCAUCGCAGGUAGUACAGGUACACUGGUUCUUGGCCAUCUAUCUGGCCGUGUUUCGUUCAUGGGGUUCGAUUUAGACUGUCUUUGAAUGGAUACAGUUGCUCACGUUUAGGGGUCUUCUCGGGGAAUCAGUCUAGUGCUGUAUUUCCUAUUGUCUCUGUAAAAAAGAAAAAAAAAAUACCUGGGAAUGACAGAGUACUCUACAAUAGCUUUCAUGCAGACAAAGAGUCUAGCCUAUGUUGUGGUGACGCUGAGAAGUCGAGGCAAUGAUAAGCGGAUUUAUCGAUACCACGCCGCUAACAUGCUGCCUGUCCAACUCGAAGUAGGG